AUGGUCCUAUAUCUGGAUGUCCUGGUCCCGGCACUGAUCGCUCUUAUACCCGGACUGGUGAUACACUUAUUUAUUAUAGUCAUCAAUGUCACUGACUGGUUGAAGGGAAGAUCGGUGACUCCUGUUGACCACAUUAUAACUUCUCUUGGGAUUUCUCGAUUCUUCUCUCAAUGUGCUGUUACACUUCGUUUGCUUUUGACAAUCUUUCUGAAUAAACUAUAUGCAAAUGUAGCUCUGUUUGUUUUACAAGCUCUUUAUUCUUUCUUUUCUUAUUCCAAUGUUUGGUUAACAAGUCUUCUCUCCAUUGUCUUCUGUCUGAAGAUCUCCAACCUCCGCACCGGACUGUUCCUGUAUCUGAGGAGGAUGAUAGAUCAGAGGACUGUGCAUUUCAUUGUAGGAUCAGUUCUUCUUUCCAGUCUCAAUUGUUUGUUGCCUUUGUUGCCGACCAUCAUUGAUGUGACCAAAGAUGGAACACACAAUACAACCAUGGACAUUCUAUCCAUAAGAUGCACUUUUUUUGAUUUUUUACACAGUUUUUACAGCCAUACUAUACCAGCCAUCAUCCCGAUGCUUUUCUGUUCCAUCUCCUCCAUCCUCCUCUUCACCUCGUUGUAUCGUCACGUAACAAAGAUGAAGAUGAGCGGGAACUUAUCCAUCAAUCUGGAGACAUAUUACUCAGCCAUGACAUUUGUAUCCAUCACUUUUAUAUACAAUGUUAUAUACUUUACUAUUCAUAUGGUUAGUGUCUUUAUGUACUAUUUAUACUGUGAGUAUGUUCUAUGGCUUGACAUUGUCUUGGGAUUUCUACCCAUUCUACAUUCCUCCUACCUGAUCUACAGAACGGUCAAACUGAGGAGUCACAUGUCCAAGGUUCUUCAGAAUGUCAUUGAUAUCUUCUUCCAAAAGAAAGUGACAGAAACUAGAGAGGACAUUGAAAUGAUAACUCUAGGAUGUAACUAA